CAAAGCUGCAGCUCUUCCUGGAUGCACUUCUCAGCGACGAGCUGCUCAGACAGACAGCACCUAUUUAACCGAAUGUGAUCCUCUGCUCCUUCCUUCUUUCCUUUCCGGGCAUACUGCUGUCCAUCAGAAGUAAUUAAUGGGUUUAUUAUGUAUGAAAGCGUCAGCCCAUCAGUUCGCUGUCUGGUUUGAAUAGCUCAUAUCAGCUCUUCAUUCAUGCCAAGCGUGCUCACUGUCCGGAGAUGAUGAUAAAGCCGUACCUCCCUUCGGAUUUUUCCCUCACUACUCACAGAACAGUGGACCAGAACUGUGUGUUACAGAAACACGAGAAGAACAGAAGAAAUCCCUCCAUCCUCUGCAGAAAGGAAGCUCAUGGACUGAAAAGUUGAUAAAGGGAAAAACAUGGAAAGCAAGAAAAUGCAACCAUGUUUCUGAUCCAGACCAUUUUUUUUAAGGCAACUUGAUUCGGGAGCAUGUGUAAUUCUGAAAUAUGAACAGAACUUUUGCAGGAGGUAAAAUGUGCAUAGAAAGGCUCAAGAUUUUUCAAUUGAUGAAAUAGCCAAUGAAUUUUUAAUAAGUUCUGAACACUCAAGUUGUCUGUGGUCAGACCGAAGGCUGUUAUCAGAGAAAGGCAAAAUUCACCCUUCUGGUUCUAUCAUCCUAUCCAGAAGAAAUCCUCAUCUACUGCAUGCCAUCCUAACUAGUGCUUAGAGGAUUACCAGGAAUACAGAUACAGAGACUUGGCAGGAAAGAAAACGCGGUGGUAAAAGAAAGCAUGAAAGGAAGUAGAGAAGGCAUUUCAGGUAUCGGAGCCUUACUAUUUUCAGCCAGAGUUCAAAUGACUGAGCUUCAAGCAAACCACUGCCAGGGAAGUUCAGAAAUUACCCUCAGCCUUGCUAUGUACAGUUCCUGGAUCAGCAGCAUUAAGAGGUUUCUAGAAAUGUGGAACUGCAGGCCCCACCCUUCUUCAAUUUAACAGGAUCUCCCAGAUGCUGCGCAGAAGAGGUGAGAUAGAAAAGAGAACUGUCUAGAAGCUAAGACGUCUAAUGUGUAGACUCUUGCACCAGGAUGGAAGGGGAAUCUUACUACAAUGCGUCUACCAUCAAUGGCACCCCAGUGAGUCACCAGCCUUUGGAACGCCAUGGGUUGUGGGAGGUCAUCACCAUCGCAGUUGUCACGGCUGUGGUGAGUCUGAUCACCAUCGUGGGCAAUGUCUUAGUCAUGAUCUCCUUCAAGGUCAACAGCCAGCUGAAGACAGUUAACAACUAUUAUCUGCUCAGCUUAGCCUGUGCAGAUCUCAUCAUUGGGAUCUUCUCCAUGAACCUCUACACCACGUACAUCCUCAUGGGACGGUGGGCUCUCGGGAGUCUGGCUUGUGACCUUUGGCUUGCGCUGGACUAUGUGGCCAGCAAUGCUUCUGUCAUGAACCUUCUGGUGAUUAGUUUUGACCGUUACUUUUCGAUCACAAGACCCCUCACGUACCGGGCCAAGCGUACCCCAAAGAGGGCUGGCAUCAUGAUUGGCUUGGCCUGGCUGAUCUCCUUCAUCCUCUGGGCCCCAGCGAUCCUGUGCUGGCAGUACUUGGUUGGGGAGCGGACAGUGCCUCCAGAUGAGUGCCAGAUCCAGUUCCUCUCUGAGCCCACCAUCACUUUCAGCACGGCCAUUGCCGCCUUCUACAUCCCUGUUUCUGUCAUGACGAUCCUCUACUGCCGCAUCUACCGGGAGACAGAGAAGCGAACCAAGGACCUGGCUGACCUCCAGGGCUCAGACUCCGUGGCUGAAGCUGAGAAGAGAAAGUCAGCUCACCAAGCUCUGCUCAGGUCCUGCUUUAGCUGCCCCCGGCCCACCCUGGCCCAGAGGGAAAGGAACCAGGCCUCCUGGUCGUCCUCCCGCAAGAGCACCUCCAUCCCUGGGAAGCCAUCCCAAGCCACCGGCCCGAGCACUGAGUGGGCCAAAGCCGAGCAGCUGACCACCUGCAGCAGCUACCCCUCCUCAGAAGACGAGGACAAGCCCACCACUGAUCCAGUCUUUCAAGUGGUUUACAAGAGCCAGGCCAAGGACAGCCCAAGGAAAGAGUUAAGUGCUGAAGAGACCCAGCAGACUUUUGUGAAUGCUCAAACUGAAAAAAAUGACUAUGACACCCCAGAAUACUUCCUGUCUCCAGCUGCUGCUCAUGGGCCCAAGAGUCAGAAGUGUGUGGCCUACAAGUUCCGACUGGUGGUGAAAGCCGAGGGGACCCAUGACACCAACAACGGAUGCCGCAAGGUCAAAAUCAUGCCGUGUUCCUUCCCAGUGUCCAAGGACCCCUCAACUAAAGGCCCCGAUCCCAGCCUCAGCCAUCAGAUGACCAAACGAAAGAGGAUGGUCCUCGUCAAAGAGAGGAAAGCCGCCCAGACCCUGAGUGCAAUUCUCCUGGCUUUCAUCAUCACUUGGACUCCUUACAACAUCAUGGUCCUGGUUUCUACCUUCUGCGACAAGUGCGUCCCAGUCACCCUGUGGCACCUGGGCUACUGGUUAUGCUAUGUCAAUAGCACUGUCAACCCCAUCUGCUAUGCCCUCUGCAACAGAACCUUCAGGAAGACCUUUAAGAUGCUGCUGUUCUGCCGAUGGAAGAAGAAAAAAGUGGAAGAGAAGUUGUACUGGCAGGGGAACAGCAAGCUCCCCUGAAAAUUAAUAGCUCCCCUCAAAGUAUAACCAUGAUCAAGGUCCUCUGAGGAUGGGCCAGCUGAUUCUUGUUUACUUUCCAAAAAGACAUCCGUCCUUUUGAGUCCCUGAGGCCUCUGUAAAGGAUCAAGGUCUACUGUCAAAAGGAGGGAGUCACCGCUGCCACAAUCACUGCCAUACUGAGUGACCCUUGUCUGUGACCAGGACACAAGUGUCUGAUGCCACUGGAGUUUUCCACUGAGGUAAAUGGACAAACUCGUGCCCCUUCACAGGAGGAGGCACCCUGGGUCACAGUGAACAACGGCUGAGGGAGCGCCUGUCCAACCUUCCGUGGGGAGCAGCGAGGAGAGAAACCUGGUCAGAGUUUUGUGCAGUACGUUUGUGUCUAUGCAGUUGUCUCAUCUCAGCGAAAACCGGGAAGAUGAAGUCAGUGUCACCUGUUAACAAGAGUGAUAUUCAGCUGGUUUCUAGGACUCUGUUCCUUUAUAAACUGAUCAGUAUUUAUUACGCUGCUAUUCUGUGUUCUAUACUGGGGUGUGUUUUCCUGUUCCUACAUCUGAGUGAAGCUCUUGCUCCUCCCUUUCACAAUGAUGCCACUUCCUGGUACCCACGGAGGCCAGGCUGGUCCCCACAGAACCACCCUUCCCCUCAGAGUCUCGGGUCUGAAAGGACACUGGAACCCGAUCACACCCAGUCAGUCCAACAGAGGGGCCUCUAUUCUGCUAAUAAAGAUCACCAGGUCUCCACAGUCAAUUAUUUUGUUUUUACCAAUGGGAAGUUUUUCCUUUUACGCAAACAAAUACUAUGGAUUCUAGUUUGUGCCCUUUUGAACCCAUUUACUUAGGCUCAUCCUUAGGAAGAUUCAUUGUAUGAAAGCCCUUUACUGGGUAAAGACCUUCUCCAAUCUGUUUAAUCACGGUUCUCAAAUGGUUUUCAGAAGCCUUACAUUCUCAUUUCUUCACAAGGCAAACCUGAGGCAAAAUGUGCAAAACAAAUUUGUUUUCGCUCCAUGCUUUUGAACUUCUUCCAGUCCUUUUGGCAGGCCCUCAUCCAGACCCCUAAUUCAUACCCAGGCACAAGCAGGUCACUGCGAUGCUUCCAGUCAGAAGUGUUAUUUAGAAAGACAGUGGGGGAGAGGCUGUUUAAAAAAAAAAUAGGUCUUUCAAAUCAUGGCUCAGAAAUGACUGACUUAUUCAUUCAUCUCCAAAUUCCCCAAAACAAGAAGCCCAGAAAAAUACAGUUGAGAUCCAGUAAAGCUGGCUAUGGUCAUUAAAAAUGACCAUGUUUUCUUUAAAAGCAAAAAUGUAGGCCACAAUAAUAUAUAAAAAUAAAGUUAUCAACAUAAGGAAUUCCCUGACGGUCCAGUGGUUAGUGCUCCACACUUCCACUUCAGGGUGCACAGGUUCCACCCCUGGUCAGGGAACUAAUAUUCCGCAUGUCAUGCAGUGUGACCCAAAAGGAACAAAAUUAAUCAACAUACAUGUAAGUAUCAGGAUUAUCAAAAGAAAAAUUUUAAUUGCAAUCUGUGUAUAUAAAUAAACCAAAUCUCAGAGUUUCCUUUGAUAAUUCUGAAAAUUAACUAACAUGCAAAAAAUUAAAACAAUACAAUAGGGCAUAAAAUUAACGGUCCACAAAGAAAGCAGCAAUAUAGCACACAGCAAGGAUUUUAAAGUUGAAGCACUUCUGUCAGACGGAAGCUCAUAUGUAACCUGUCGACUAUAACUAUAGCUGCAGUUGUAUGUAAAAAUCUCUGGACUUCUUUUCACCUAAUGUGGGCCAGUUCUUUUUCAGCCUCUUUUGCUGAGGGGUUGUAAAAAUAUCAGGCUUCAUUGUCCUGGGAAUUUGGUAAGUGAAUAUAGGAGAGUUUCAACCUUCCACUGAAGAGUGAACUGGCCUCCUCGAGGGAGUCCCAAGAAGGCUUCACAGAAGUGGAAACCCAGGCCUCUCCAGCCCUGUAGGAACUUAAUGCUGAGAUGGAACAUCUUAGAAGCAGUAUAGCUGUUGAGUCUUUAUGAAGGGCAGGUUGACGCCUGCCAAGAAUUUGAUAGAGAAUAUUAAUGAACUGGCUCAGUUCUCCAAGACAGAGGCUCCCAGGUCUAUAGGAUGCCAACGGGGUGUGCAAACCUGCUCCACUAGCUCUAGAUAAACAGUUGAUUCUUCUAGUUUAAGGCUUUGACUCCUGACAAAAGUGAAAAUCCCUCCAAGAGAAUAGUGCUCUGAGCUCGUUCACUGUUCACAGUAGAGAGAGAGAUUAAGCUAAUUCAAACAAAAGGACACAGAAUGGAGGGGGAGGGUUGCUGGGGGCCCAUCUUUCUCACUCCACAAUUGCCUAGAACUUAGACUUUUUGGUUUGUCUUUUCUGAAAUUAAUUGAGAGGCCUAGGUCUCCUUCAUCAUGGGUUUUGGGAGGCAGCCAGUUAUGCAGACUACCUAUGUCCCUUAACAAAGACAAAAAGGAUGCCUUAAACUACUAGGGGAAGCUAGACUUCUUUAGAAUAGGGCCUCUGGUGGGGUCCUCAGAAUGAACAGCUCCAACUGUAAACUAUGGGGACCUGACUAGUGGAUGGGUGGAGUGUGGGCCGACUUCAGAUUUUAGGCCUUCUUAUGUCCCAUCUCCACAACUCCGUCUGUGGUAAAUUAUGUGCAGCCUUGAUUAGUUGCCUAUUGGAUGCCGCCAUGUUGCUAAUAUUGUGGUUUGUUUCUCCUUGGUGUGAAUCUGAUGGCUUGUCAAGGAAUCUGUUUUCAGUACAGUUUUUGGUUAAAGCACUUUGUCAAUAUUCCUGGUUUCCGCUUUGUUGCUUUGGUGAAUGUCCUUUGAGGGCGAUGCUAAUGUUUGGCUCUGUCAUUGUGAAAUCUGUACCUAAUCUCUCGGUAGGAAAAUACCAUUGUCUCCUGUAAAUACUGGAAUUACAGCAAAGGAUGUGGGAACUGGGCUGCUUUCCUGUAUUGUACUAGCAUUAUUCUGGAUAUUAAAGAAAUGUAACC